CUGCGCGGUAGCCGCCUCACGCGUCCCGGCUCGGCGCCGUUAUGGCUCUGCGGCUGCUGCGCGGCGCGCCGAGGGCAGCGAAGUCAUCGCUGCUUUGCAGCUCUCUGAGGAGCACCAGCUCUAAGACGGGAGGAAGAUCUGAACCUGCUAAGCAGUCACUUAAGAAACCGAAGUUACCAGUAGGUCGAUUUGAUGAACCAGAGGAGUCCAGCAUAGAGAGGGAACCCCUGGAAAAAUUCCCUGAUGGAAUCAAUCCUGCUACAAAAGAGAGGGGUGGACCUAGAGGCCCUGAACCUACACGUUUCGGAGACUGGGAGAGAAAAGGACGUUGUAUAGAUUUUUAAUGUGUAAAUGUCUGUAUUGCUAAUAUUUCUAGUUGUUAAAAAAUAUUAUGAACAGAAAAAUCUUGCCUGGAUUUGUUGUGAAGCUUCUUGUUUCUGUCAUGCUUGUGAUGAAUUUUCUGAGAGAUAUUAUGUAAACAAACAUAAUGCUGCAACUCAAAUUUUGGAGCUGUUAUUUGCUCAGUGUAGACCAGAUCUGUAAUGCUGUUUACCCUAUCCAAGUAUAAAUGCAAGUAUAGUGAUGUGAAAUGGAUAGUUGGGAUCUUACUGAGAUGUACAAGGGCUUGGAUUUCUUUGUGUAUUUAAGUAUUUAUGUAGUGUCUUAAAAGUGCUGAAAGAUCUUUGCAGUUCAUGAACCUUGACACUGUUCAUCCAAAGUACAGCCUCCGAGGAGGAGGAGGAGAUCGGUAUGUGGCUGAUCUUAGCACAGUGGGUCAUUGGUAAAAGUCCCCUUAAUCAAGAACCAUCCCCUCUGCCUCCAUUAGAGUGGGUUGGGGUUCCUUUCCUGUUUGUGGAGAGGGGAUGGAAAUGCCGUUUUAUCUCAUCUCAGGCUGACAGCUGUAAACGGCAUGACAGAAAUGCAGGCUUAAUUCCGAGAGGGUCAGCCUGUUGAUUGCAAGUAGUGUUGGGGUGCUCGGUAUGCCGUUUUAGAAUACUGUUCGUUAUAACCUAGCUUAUUACAUGCUAUUUGCAUUAUCUUUUCCUUGAUUCAUGGAGAUGCCUGUUUGAAAACUGGCUAAAUGCUGCUUGGGGAAAAAUAACAUUACUUUCUGACACCUUAUGGUCGAAAGGAGACUGAUUACAUUAGAUGAUCUAAUAUUGCAGGUCUUAAAACUAAGUUAUCUGGCACUGAACUAAGUAUAUUUCAGUCAGACUGAGCUCAGUUCUUCAUUCAAGAAUUUGCCUAGUUGUAAAUAACUGUAGCAGAGUGCAAAUCUACCACCUGUGGGGGUACUUAUUAAUAAGAAUAAGCUGUCAUUAUUAAAAUGUGUGAACAUAUGGUCUGUUUCUGUGCAAGUUCUUUUUGAUAGCCUAAACAAAUGGAUCUUCUCCAGUCUUCAACUGUAAAUGUUUUCUUCAUCCCUUUGUGUUUCGUUCCUGGUGUUUUGCUGUUUUUUAACCCCUUCUCUUUUACUCUAAGUGCUCCAGCUUCUGUAUUCACAGUUCCUAUUAGCUGCUUUUGCCGGAGCACCACGGUGGGCAUUAAGACGGAACAAAAGUUUCUUGGAGAGCCCAGGACAGUCUCCCAUUUUAUCGCCUACAUUUCUUUUUCCUCUAUGGCUAUUUUUGCCUUUUGCUAUGCCAAAGUAGGUUGUACCCAAAUGAAAGUCAGCUUUACUUCAUGAUUUCUGUUGCUUUGCAUUACUCUGGCUCUGUGUAACAACGCAUGGCUUUGCCUUUUGCAUGGCUUUAUUAGAGCCUUAAAGUGUGUUAGUCCUAUCACAAAUCUGUACAACCUCCCAAAAACUCACCCGACUUGCAGCCAGUGGGAGAGCUCCUCGCUGAGAUCUGCCAGUUUGUGUACCCAGUCUGUGUUUUACUGACAUAGUAUCACGCUAGUUGUGAGUUGUUUGACUCGCUGCGAUGAUGCCCUGCAGAAGUAUUAAGACUGUUCAGUUAGGUUUAUCAACAGGUACCUUGCUGAAGAGCAAAAUGAGGUUUACUAAAGCCUGGUUUUGAUAAAAGAUGUUAAGUGCUGGUAAUUACGUCUUGAGCCUUUAAUCUUCUAUAAAUUUAAACUGCAGCAUGGUUUGGAUAUUGGAAAACUGGUCUGUAUUUAUACCCAAUUCAUUCUAGUUUCCCUUCUGUACUGCGACACUUGAGUUUUCCCAAAAUCUAUUGGCAUUUUCAGUUACCAAAAGGUAUGCUGGGUCAGCUAUCUUUAAUGUAUGCUGCUUAUUAAAAUACUUAUUUCUAGUAAUGCUUUGCCUCCUUGGUUGCUAGUGGGUUGGAAGAUCCUUCAUCACACAAUACACCACCUUUUCAAAUAGGAAGCAGGAGUUUUAAUUGGAAACUUGCCUUUUCUGCAUCGUUAUUAAUAGGCUUAACAUCUUAAUUAGUGAAGAGGCAGUAACGCUACCAUGGUUACUUUAUUUUUGAAUUCCAAUUCUUACUCUCCUUAUCCAUGGAUUGUUGCAUGAGUUCGUUAUCUUCUCUUACCAGGUUUUACCCUUCCCAGCGCGUGCUCCAUGAAUGGUUACCCAGUUCCACUUCUUGGUGUUCCUGAUUUUCCAUUCUGAUUGCUCCCUUCAGCAUAGACUGCCCCUGCAGUCCUCCCUGGCUGCUGAAUUGUACCUUUUUGAUUUGGCAUAUAAGGAACUGGUCUCGCUUUUCCAUGGUUUUAUGUUUCGGUUAGUUACCUUCAGUCUCCCCCUGCUUUGUGUUGAAGGGCUGACCCAAGCGCUGUCCAGGCCCCUGCCUCUCUGCUUUCGUGCGGGUGAUGACUGCCGCUGUUGGAGCCACAGGCAGUCGUUCCGGCCUGAGCUCGGGCAGGUCCCUGCCCGUAUCUGUGGAGGACCUGGGUUUGAAAGAUAGCUCGGAGAGCGCUGUCUGUACUGACAAGACAGAGUGCCUCGUGAAGGCAGGGAUUUUGCUUUCUUCCAAAAAAUAAAAUGGCUCUUGCUAACCAGUGUUGUAAAUAGCUGUCAAGGAGUUGGCACUCAGGAAACAGAGGAUACCACUUCCGUCCUGAGGAGCUUCAGGCCCUUUUUACCACCUCCCAGGCCACUGCCAGUAACAACCAAGUACCUGCUUAAUUUGGUUAGGGAGUGUGUCAGGAAGAGAUAAGCAACUGAACAUUUGGGCAAAAUAACACGUAGCAGCCAAAGAGCGAGUGCUAAAGGGCGUUUCUGUGGGGUCUGCCCAUCUGGCAUUUACCAAAAAGAGGAGCCCUAGGCUCUGUAAUGUGGUGCUGCAAAAUCACUUGUGGUACCUGUCAAAACCAAUCAUGGUUUGAAUGCAACAACCAAUACAAUGAUAUCGUAGGGCAUAAACGAUCAUUUCUGUUUUGUUUUCUUGCACUGUCUGCAGUUAGGAAGGAGGCACUUCAGCACUUUUUCAGUGCUGUCUUCCUGCUCUUCCCAGAUGAUUAAUAUUAGCAAUUCACUGGGAUAUAGCAUUAGGGUAAAGCGAUGGCUUGUGGCAGUAGCCAUUAGAUUAGCUACAGGUAUGUUUUUAUCAUAAAUACUGAUUGAAUCUAUUUUUGUAGCUCUUUUAGUUAGCAAAAGAGUGUAAAGCAGCAGGGGUUGUACCCAUUUUCUCUUAAAUUUCUGGGAGACAAAGGAAAAUUGUUCUGCCUGUGUAAGCAAAUUCUUGUAGUACUGGAGGAUGCUUGCUCCGUUUUCUUUACUAAAAAGCUCUAUGUUGCAUUUCUGUAGUAGGUUUUCUCUUUUAAAGUUAAACUUGUUUCUGCUAGCUUGCAUAGCUACAUUUGGUACUUUAUUAAAAUUAUGAAGCAUUUAUUGUUUGAAGGAACUGCUCUGUAAUUACUUUAUUACAAAAUCUAUAAAGUUGCACUCUACAGUUGAAGAAGAAGUUUGCUAUUUAUUGCCUUGUUUGGAAAGUAUGUAUUUCGGUGCCGAUUUUACUAUGUUAAAAUACAAGUUUUAUUAUAUAGUUGAAUCAGAGUAAAAUUACCCUUUAUGGUAGCAGAUGUUUGUAAAGGACCAUAACGUUGUUAUAAAACUUUACUACUUCUUCAGUUGACUGCAAUAAAUGAUCACAAAUUCCA